AGUAGGUGAAGACACACUAAUAUUUGUCUAUAUGAUUACUAAGAACAAAAGCGACUAGGACUCGUGUAUAUUCAGAGGUUCUAAGCAUGUAGGGAUAACCGUGCAUUUAUUGCCUGACAAAUGUAAUGAAAUGGAAUAAUAAUGUACCUAUUCAACACCUCGAAGAUCUACAAAUGAAAGUCAUCGCAAGUCAAGUGUAAGCAGACGACAGUUUAUGGAUAACACUCAGCGAUCCAUGCAGAAGUCGAAAAAGGGACUGGAGUCAGAAGUUGGGAAAAUUUUCCAUGGAUAUGAAGUCUAAUAAUGAUCCUCCUCAGCCUCGUUCAGGUCUUGUUAGCUCUGAGCACAUGCGUGUCCUCUAGAGAAGUGUUUUAUUCUAUAGAAGAAGAAAAUCAACCUGAUUAUUUUCUAGGAAAAGUGGCAGAGGAUGCAAGCUUAAAAGACCUCGUAAGUACGACUGAUGUUCCAGAUGUUCAAUACAACAUACUUUACACCGGUAACAAGGACGCAAAUUGGUUCACAAUCAACGACAAGACCAGUGCAUUGUUCGCUAGUAAAUCAAUUGACAGAGAUGUGGUCUGCAAAUAUUUAACCACUUGUGUUCUUAAAUUUGACGUUAUUGCUCAGUCCUUGGGUAGUGGUUCCUUUUUUCAUAAAGUUUCCAUAUCAGUCACAGUGAACGACAUAAAUGACAAUGCUCCGAAGUUUCCAAAUCCGGUUGUGCAGCAAAUUGUCUCCGAGGCAUCCGUUCUGGGGGCAGCAACGCCGCUUAUGGGUGCCGAGGAUCUGGACUCCGGAAGUAACGGCAUUCAGAAGUAUCGAUUAUUGCCAGAAAAAGUUCCUUUUAACUUAACAGCAGAAUAUUAUGCUAAUGGAAGAUCUCAGUUGCAAUUAAUCGUUACAGGAAAAUUAGAUCGAGAAACUAAGAAUAAUUACAACCUUCUUAUUCUUGCCGAAGACGGCGGACAGCCGGCCAAAACGGGUACACUGACCUUAAACAUUGUUAUUGGUGAUAUCAAUGAUAAUCCCCCAGUAUUUGAGAGGACAAUGUACAAUAUUUCUAUCCCGGAGGAUGUAGUGCCUCUAACGAGAGUACUGAGGGUCAGUGCAACAGACAAGGACUCAGGUGAGAACGGCCAUGUAAUCUACAGAUUAAGCGACCAUCAAGCUGAUAUCAUUCACAGAACCUUCAAAGUAGAAGCAACAACAGGGGAAUUAAAAGUAAUCAAAAAUUUAAUAGAGGAAAGAAAAGCAAACUAUGAAAUCAUUGUGGAGGCUUCUGACAAUGCCACAAAUCCUUUAAUCUCGCAGGUGCCCGUAUUUGUCACCGUUUUAGAUACACAAAACACUGCCCCUCAAGUUAUACUCAAUAUUUUUCCUAGCGGUGGAAGCUCUCUAGAUAUGUUUGAAAACUCCGCAAUAGGAACCGUUUUAGCUUUAAUUUCUGUGAAGGACCCAGAUACUGGUCCUAAUGGCCAAGUGGAAUGUGCAAUAAACGAUGACAAUUUUAAAUUAAAAAAAUACGACAACAGUGCUGAAUUUAAUGUAGUUUUAGAUAAAGCAUUAGAUAGAGAAAAGAAGUCAGUGCAUCAGGUUAUUAUAAGAUGUAGUGAUUCUGGUUCCCCUCCCCUUAAUGUGACUACAGAGUUUACUGUUCAUGUAUUAGAUUCGAACGACAAUCCGCCAUUAUUCACCAAAAGUGUUUAUGAAAUGACAGUCACAGAAAAUAACCCAAUCCCCAUUAACGUAGGCCAAGUUCAGGCUCAAGAUGCAGAUAAUACCAAAAACAUUUCAUACAGCAUUGAAAAUAGCACAAUUUUUUCUCGGUGGUUUGAUAUUGAUAAAGAAAGUGGUGCAAUAUUUCUUAAUCAUUCGUUAGACAGAGAAACGUCGCCAGAAAUUGAACUUCAAAUCAGGGCUACUGAUAAUGGCUCGCCAUUAUUAACUGGAAGUGCAAUAUUUAAAAUUAGCGUUGCUGAUAUCAACGACAAUAAGCCAAUUUUCCAAUCCAAAAAGCUUGAAUACUGGGUUCCUGAAGACAUUUCAGUUAACACGAUGAUAGGGUCAUUAGGCGUUUUUGACUAUGACACUGGUUUGAAUGGAAAAAUUUCCCUCUCUUCUUCAUCAAUCGGCGGGGACAAUUCUUUACCUUUCAUGUUCCUUGCAAACGGAUCUAUUUUCACUUCUGGAUUAUUAAACAGAGAAGAAACUGAUAGGUAUCGGAUAAAGCUCGUAGCUUAUGAUCAUGGAUCCCCUUCCCUUAAUUCUACUGUUAACCUUACGAUUCAUGUACAAGAUGUCAAUGAUAACACGCCAGUAAUCCAAUUUCCUUCUAUCGACACUCCAUUUUUGGAGAUUCCUUAUACUUCAACAGAAAAUAGCGUAAUUAUGAACAUACAAGCCACGGACCAAGACGAGGGGGACAAUUCUCGAGUUAAUUAUAUUCUUGAUGGGGACAAUGUCACCACUGACAUAUUUUCUCUUCAAAACAGCUCUGGUCAGCUGUCAUUAAGGCGCGACUUAAGAAUCAGCGAUGUUGGUGUCCUGAACUUCUUCAUUAUUGCCCGUGAUAAUGGCAAACCUUCAAGGGAAGCCAUCAGGGCGUUUGGAAUUAAAAUUUCUACACAAUCAAACUCUGCCCACCGACUGCCGAAGGAGGAGUCCAUAAAAUAUUAUGCAAUCGCCAUAGCUAUCGGCUGUGUGACUGUCGUGUUGUCUGCUAUCAUCAUCCUUGCCAUCUGUUAUGUCAGAAGACGGGACCGCCAGAAAGCCGACACUUCCAACGGAAGUGUGACGUCAAAUUCGACGUUGGAAACAGACCUUAGUCACAGCGAAAUCCGGAUGAACGACAGGUUCAGCAAGACAUACAUUCAACCAAGUGUCGCAAAACCAGCAUGGAAACCACGCGAAAAACAGGUUUCCUUUCAAGAAACGUCAAAAGGUAGAGAAAAGUUGAGUAGAAGUCCCCAAGAGCCGGAAGUUGUAUCUGAUGACGUAGUUAUUUGGGACUGGGCUGCAAGCGAAGCUGGGGAAACCUUUUACCCAAAUAAUGACCUCUAUUCCUCAUUACAGAGGAAAAGGCAGAUUCCGAACCUUUAUAGCAAGAACCAAAUAGAAUGGGCAUCUGACAGCGAGAAUACGCAGUGGACACCGAACUCUGACGUGAUGAUAUGACGGCUGCUUGGACAUUGGAUUUUUCUGAUUUUUUUUUAUUUUUGGAAAAAAAGUGUUUAUUUAAAGUGUAGCAUCAAAAAAACUUUUUAAAAAAUAUUUAUACAUUGUAUGGAUCAGCAUUAGUUAUCUGUAUGUAACAAAGCAGUUCCCAUUCCGCAGAAGUGUGGAUUGCUUCAAAACUGAAAAAUUGGGAAAAUGUUUACAAAAAAAUAAACAUCGAUAUGACAACAAAUCACCUAGAAAUACUGAGACGUGGAAGCGUAUAGGAAAAAUUACCAUCCAAACCAGGAUAAUAUGUAUUAAACAUCGAUCCUUGCCGACAGCCAGCAACAUAUAAUCAAGGUGUGCACCCGUUAUCUACCUCACGACCGACGUUCUUUGUUGGUCAACGACGGUCAUGUGGUCGGAUGCGGAAUCGGAAUGCACGUGACUGGGUAUCGAACCGGAAACGAAGGAGGGUCAUCAAUGAAUUUGACCAAUCAUCUAAAGAUGUACAUGAACAUGCGUUAUUUUGCCAGUGUCUUUCAUUUCAGGAAAAAGGAGAUAAUACAUAUUUUAUUUAUUCAGUAUUAUGUAUAUGUACAUAGAAAUGUCA